AUGUCGACUAAGCCGACAGUACUUGUUCUUGGUGGUUUAGGUUUUAUUGGUAAAAAUUUCAUUCAAUAUUUGGUAGAGAAUGAACUUGCUUCCGAAAUAAGAGUUGUGGAUAAGCUAUUGUUGGAAACUGUUCCUUUAAACAAGAAACAAAAAGAAGCAUUUGGAAAAGUUGACGUUUAUCAAAAAGAUUUGGUUGAUCCAAAUAAUAUUAAAGCAAUGUUUGAACGAAAGGAUGGUAGCACAUUUGAUUAUGUAUUUAAUUUGGCAGCAGAAACCAAAUAUUCACAAAAUAUUACGGUUUAUGAAGAACGUAUAUUUAAUUUGUCAGUUCGUAAUGCAAAAGAAGCUGCUAGACGUCAAGUUAAAGUUUUUGUUGAACUUUCAACAGCUCAAAUUUAUAAAAGUAGCAAGGAACCAAAUAAAGAAGAUGCGAAAAUAGAACCUUGGACAACUAUUGCCAAAUAUAAAUAUAAAGCAGAAGAAGAAUUAAAAAAAAUUCAAGGACCUGCUAUGGUUUAUGGAUUAAGUGCAACAAUGGGUUUAGUGCCUCGUCUUGUAUGUGGCAGGAUUUAUCAGUAUAUCAAUGAAGAAAUGAAAUUUUUAUGGAAUGAAAGGUUGAAAGUUAAUACUGUUCAUGUACAUGAUGUUUCUCGUGCCAUGUGGUAUAUCGCUGAAUGGUAUCAAGUAAAUCAUAAAGCUGAUAAAGGUCCUUUAAUUUACAAUUUAGCUGAUCCUGGGGAUACAGAUCAAGAAAAAAUUAAUAACAUGAUCAGUACAUUGUUUAAUAUUACAACUGGUUUUCAUAAACAAUUAACUUCAUACGCGGCUGAGAAAGCUCUCGAUGAAGCAGUUGAUGUAAGCAAUGAAAAACACAUGAAACCAUGGACAGAUCUCACAAGAGAAAAUAAAAUUAAUAAUACACCACUUACUCCUUAUUUAGACAAAGAAAUUUUAUAUAAUAACGAUUUGUCAGUUGAUGGUAGAAAAAUUUGUGAUGAAACACAAUUUAAUUAUGAAUUUCCAGAAGUCACGCAAGCAAGCCUUAAAGAAAUAAUAGAUGAUUAUGUUGGAUUGGGUUUGUGGCCAGGUGAAAUUGAAAGAAGAGAAUGA